ACAACUUGGAUUCUGGCCGCCGCCGCCGCCCCCACGAGGCCACGAUUCCCAUCAUCCUCCCUCCCUCAGCCCCGUUCCAAAUCCUUUGGUUCCCCAGAAUUCCGCUCCCACGAAAUUCAAUUAGCGCAAUUUAUUCCCAGUUCAAUCCUACCAUCUCGCCAUCUCGGCGGUUGCAGACUUGCAGGCUAGUGCACUCCUCUCGUGUGCUCUGCUGCCCUUUCUCCACAGGUCGGUGACGCCGGGGCCGGGCCCGCCAGUAGUGCCUCCAGCCUCCGCCGGCCCGGUGCCUCCCCGACGGCAACCUUGCGGCCUGUUAUAGACCUAGGUAUUCCGGUCAGGUCAUCGCCUGCCCGAGCGCUUCCGCGCUUCUGCACUCCCUACGGCGACCACCAGCCUCCUGAAUCGGCAAAUCCUCGACAAUUCUCUCCCAGUCACCACAGGCAGUUUAGCGGAUACAAAUCCAGAGCGAAGCUACAGAAAGAUAAGCUACAGAGGAAGAUAAGCAUGAUUGUUGUGCAGCAUCUCAGACUGAAGCACGCAGAGCAUCUGGGAACCAAGUGGUUGCAGCAAGCUGUGAGCGAAGUUCCUCCACUGUCCAGGCCCCAGAGAAUGAUCGAACUGUCCACUGAGCAAGCUAUUAUUAGGCAUUUCGGAAGAUGAGAAGAUUCUUUCCAUUCCGCUCAUUCACAAACAAUGCCGGGAACGGCAAACCAGCCCCAGGACAUGAUAAAAGGAAUGAGAACAAAAUGGAUGAGGUUGGGACUAACGGUCCCUCCCAUUCUACUGAUACAACGGCACUGUGGUCAAGAAACCGUUGUGGAGAACUGAGGAGCGAUGAAUCUCCCAAUCCGCAGCUCAGGAGAUGCCUGUCAUUUACAUCCUCAGCCAUCGAUCGUUCCUUAAAUGAACGGACAAGGAGCUUUUCAGGCGAUAUUCCAUGUUCUGCGUUUAAUAAUUCUGAAGGGCCUCGUCAUGUUGCUGAUGUUGAGUACAAAGCCAUCUCAUUUUCUGAAGAAAACUCAUGUUGGUCAUGACAUUGUUGUUAAGACAGUCAUCAUACAAUUAUGUGCAUUUAUACCUGCAUUUUAUUCCUAGAAGCCUGUUGCUGUCUGCAGGUGCUACGCAUGCUCACAAGAAAGACACCCUAAUAUAGAUGAAUACAUGGUUAAUGUUCCAAAAGCACAUGGAGUACAGGAAACCAAUUCACCACGUUCAAGAUGCUACUCAUGCUCAUCAACAGGACACUCUCCUCUUAGCUCCCCUGUUGCAUUAAAAUGCAGACCUGCUAGGUUGACCGAUUUACCGGAUAAGAAUGAAGUGCUAGAUCUGUACAUUGAUGGGGAGCAAGAAGCGAACAGAGUAAAUGAGAGACAUCAGGAAACAUUCUCCAUCAGAACUGCAGCUCCUUAUUUGGGACGUGGACGGCCACCUCGGCCCCAUUCUACAGCUCCAUCUUCACCAAAAUCUUGCAAAGAAAUAUUCGAGAAUUACUUGGACAUCAACAGGAAUGAUGCUUGCCACCAUCAACUUGGUCAAGAAAGGACAAAGGGCACUUGGAAGGCCACAUCUAUGUGUGGUACAGAUGAAAAUGACAUGACACUAUUUGAAGGAUCUUCUGAUAAUUUUGCACACUCAGAGGAUUGCAGAUCACAAAGCAUGGCUACAAUGGAAGAUAUCUAUGAGGAGUCACGAGAUCUGCAACCUGCAUACUUCUAUGGCUCAUCAAUGGAUCCUUUUUUAGGAACUGCCUCAAGAUACUUUGUUGCCGAUACUUGUCGUUAUGAUGGGUCUCCUGGUUUUCAUGACAAGAACUUGGAAGAUGACACUGAUGAAAAGUUGCUUAGAAGAGCUAAGGAUUUGGAUGCGUGCUUUAUGGUCUCUUCUGAAGAAGCGAGUGAGCUUAACAUGCUCAGGGAUAAGAGACUGAACUCACCUGCUGUGUUGCAACUGGUUCAGAGUUUGAUUGAAGACAAAAGAGAACUGGCACUCGAGCUGUCUUCGCAGAUUAAGGCACGUCUUACAGAACGGUUUGCGGCCAAAGAACAGUAUAAGCAAUAUAAGGUAGAAUUAGACACUAGAACUAGAAGACUGGAGAAUGAGAAAAGUGAUGCACAAACUAUCUUGGAAAGGGAGUUGGACAGAAGGUCAAGUGAUUGGUCGGCCAAACUGACAAGGUUUCAAUCCGAAGAACAGAGACUAAGGGAUAGAGUAAGGGAGCUAGCAGAGCAGAAUGUGUCAUUUCAGAGAGAAGUUACUUCGCUGGAAUCAAAUAGAGUUGAUGCUUCUAACAGGAUUGCAGGUUUGGCACUUCAAAACAAACAAUUGAAUGAUGAGCUGGGAAAAGUUAAGAAUGAGUAUGGAAGUCUUUACAGCUCCUCCGUAGAGUUGAAUGACAGCUUUACAAAAGCUGCAGAGGAAAGGGACCAAUUCCAUGAGUGCUUAAAGUCCAAGGAAGAAGAAACUAGGGCAUUACACAAGGUGAUUGCAAGGUUACAAAGGGCAUCUAAUGAGCAGGAGAAGACAAUAACUGGCCUGAGACAAGGAUUGAGUAUUGAAUUAGAAAAGGAAUCUUUUGGAAGUAGUGAAAGCAUCAACAGGAUGCAAAUGGAACUUUUGAGACUUGCUGGAGUUGAGCAAAAGCUGAGAAAAGAAAUUCAGACCUGUACUCUUGAAGUGGAGUCUCUUAGUCAAGAGAACAUUGAGAUUUUAAAUCGUCUACAGAAGAGUGGGAAUGGAUUAAGUCUUUCUACACUUCAUCUCGAUCAAGAGCUUCAUGCUAGAGUGGACAACUUGCAGAUGCAAGGUUUAUCAUUACUUGAUGUUAGUAGUCAGCUUUGUGCCAAGCUGCUAAACUUGAUCAAAUCUAAAAGUGAACAUAUUGGCAGUGUUGAUGGAUUGUCAUCCAUUGAAUACACUUUGAAGCACCAGAACAUAAAAGAAGGAAUUGGUAAUUUAACACUUAGUCUGAGGAAAAUAAAGUCUGCGUUGGUCGAAAAGCACAAUCAAGAAGAGAGUGUGGACAGUAUACCGCUGAGACAGGGCAAAGUAUCUAGGGAUGACUUCGAAAUUAAGCUGAAAGAAGAAGCUAUGGUCAACAGAGUACUAAAGGAGAAGCUAAUGUCAAAGGAACUGGACAUUGAGCAAUUGCACUCAGAACUAGCAUCUUUAGUGCGGAUCCAAGAUGUCAUGCAAAACGAGAUCCAAAGAGCUCAGGAUGAAUUAUGUUGCAUCACCCACAAGUCCAAGAAUUUGGAACUUCAAGAUUUUCAGGAAUCUGCAAAAGAGUUGACUGCUCUCCGGUGCACACUUAAAUCUGCAAGCAGUGAGAGGGAUGCCUUGUGGCAGGAAACAAAGCAUUUGCGGAACACUGUUAGUGCGUGGCAAAACGAUGUUGCCUCGUUAAAGCAGAAGAUCAAAUCGCUUGAAGAAGAUAUACAGCUUAAGGAAGGCGAGAUACUGCUUCGCGAGGGUGAGAUUUCCAUAUUACGGGACAGUGUCGACAGGCCAUUCGACAUUAUCUGCAGUCCCCGGUCAAUGAAGCAGUUUGACAUGGAGUAAUUUUGCAUGUAUAUUUUUAGAUAAGUUGGAUUCUCAUAUAGUAUUUUCCUCCUUUUGAGCACAGUUCAGCUACAACAUUGUCUGUUACCGAAUAGGCCGGUGGACUUGGAUAUGCUCCUACUCCUACCCAUUUUGUUUAUAUCAUGCACUGUGUUUUGUUGCUGCUCCCUUUUAGUUUUAGAGUACUGCUUAUGGUCUAAAUGUCAUUGUUCUAGAUGAAAAGGAUUCGGUGCAGGCGGUUUUCUAAAACGAGCAUGCUCAAAGA